AUGACAUCGCCAGGCGGAGGAUUGGACAUGACAGAGAACCCUUCCAGCUUGAUCAGCAAGCGCAAGAUUCAGGAGAUGGUUGCGCAGAUUGACCCAAGCGAACGACUCGAGCCUGAAAUUCUCUUGGAGCUUGCGGACGAGUUCAUCGAGUCAGUCACCCAGUUCGCCUGCAGACUCGCCACACAUCGAAAGUCGUCAACACUGGAAGUCAAGGACGUUCAACUUCACCUCGAGAGAAACUGGAACAUCAGGAUCCCAGGAUUCGCGUCUGAGGAGAUUCGAUCUGUACGAAAGUCAACCGUCCCUUCGUCUCACACACAGAAGCUGACUGCAGUCAACAAUGCCAAGGCAGCCAUUUCGACCACGACCAAGUAA